AUCGCAGCGCUGGGAAACGUGCAUUGUCCUCACUUCCGCCGUCGCAAGAGCUUUUCUUGACCUCCUCUGCUCGAUAACUUAACCUUUCGCUCAAAGCCUGCUGUCGAGCUGUAGCAUAUCCGUACGGGUUCAUAUAUAGCCAAUUGUCCCCCAAUUCGAGCUUCCCAUUCCCAUAUCCUGUUCGUUUCUCGCAGCUGGGGUGCAUCAACCACCAUGUCCACCCAACCUCUCCUCCAAACAGCCCCAGGUAAACGCAUCGCACUUCCCACGCGCGUCGAGCCCAAAGUCUUCUUCGCCAACGAGCGCACUUUCCUCUCAUGGCUCAACUUCACCGUCAUUCUCGGUGGCCUCGCAAUCGGGCUGCUCAACUUCGGCGAUAAGGUCGGUCAGAUAUCCGCCGGCCUCUUUACACUCGUGGCUAUGGCCGCAAUGGUGUAUGCACUGUUUACCUUCCAUUGGAGAGCGAAGAGCAUACGGAUGAGAGGACAGGGAGGCUUUGACGAUAGGCUAGGCCCGACAAUCCUGGCCAUUGCUUUAUUUGCGGCGGUGGUGGUAAAUUUUAUUUUGAGGGUUACGGGGGCAGGGGGUGGUCAUAAGUGAGGCGAAUUUCUAUCAAGAGAGAAUGGUUGGAGAGAGAGACGAAGGACGAGGACAAAUUGAGAUGCGCCAGCAUCGCAAUGUUCACUGGGAAUGUAUAAACCCUGACCGUAGGAUCGGCAAGCCGAUGGGCACAUAAGCGAAGGAGCCAACUCCAUUUUGGGGGCAUAUGAGUUUCAGAAAGAAGAUGCGGAGGGUUGAAGCCCACUCCAUGGCUGAGAUUUGUUGCUAGCCAGCCCUUGAUAUCCGACUAGAUUGUUUUU